CGGUUUCCAAAACCCUAAUCAAUAACGGAUAGCUUAAACCCUACCCGGAAAUUGAAUCCCCGCCGCGCCGAUGAUCAAUUCAUCAUCGACCCAAUUUCUAAUCGUUUCAUAUUUCCCCUCCAAAAUUUCAGCGGAAGAUGUUUUUGAGAUGUCGAAAUCUCAAAAAAGUUUCCAGCUUUUUGCCCCAUAUUUCCUCAGGCUAUCAUUGUCACCAUCAAUGUAGGCAAGCAAUCAACUUAGUAGCUUCCUCUUUGAUUUCUUUGCACCCUGUAUAUGAUGAAAUCAACAGAGGGUUUUCAGAGAGAUUUUGUCUUCCUGUCUCUUUCAGGUACUCUACAAUUUCUCUGGACCCUCGUGCUGAAACUAACGUGGUGUCCUUCAUUGAACACGCUGUUGAUCAGCUUCAAGGUCCUCAUCAUUGCUGGGUAAAUAGAGAUGAGGGAAACAAUAACAAUGUCAAGAAGGGUGGUGCUUUUUUAGUUCUUGUUGGAAGAUUUCAUGAUAAUUCUGAGAUAGCAGGAUGUGACCCAGUUACAUUUGAAAAAGUAAAGUCACUACAGCAGAGGUUUCCCCAGCUUCAUGUUAUGGGUUUUCAGGGUUGCAGUUCAGUUUGCUCUUCUAACCGAACUCAACUCCUUCAGUUGAUAAUGAAGGAAUAUAUCACUUUUCCCAUUUUAUUUUCAAAUAAAAACUUCUCUGAGAUGGCAAAUGGGACACAAUAUAUCUUGUUUAAAGAUUUUAAGAACCCUGUUGUUUAUGAUGACAAGGAUGCUGAUCUUGGAACAAUUUGCAAAGCCAUUGAGGAGAUAAGUGUGGGAAGCAAUGAGAAUUCUUCUAUGAAUGAUAAGUUCAAAAGCACUUGGUCAAAACAAGCAGACAUCAUUAAGGGACCACAUUUUUGUUCUUCUCUGCAGAACUUACUUCUUUAUUUCCCAGGAUGUAUUUCUGCAGAUGAAAGUGGGAAUCGCUUGUUCCUUUCUGACAGCAAUCAUCACCGGAUAAUCAUACUCAAUAGCAAUGGAAGGAUUCUGGACUGUAUUGGUUCUUGCCCAGGUUUUGAGGAUGGAGAAUUUGAAUCUUGCAAGUUGUCUCGUCCUGCUGCCUCUUUUUAUGAUGCUGAUGAGGAUCACCUAUAUAUUGUAGACUCAGAGAACCAUGCCAUCAGGAGAGCUGAUUUGGAGGCACGGGUUUUAGAAACAGUUUAUCCAACAUCUAGCGUCAAGAAAAAUAAUAGUUUAUGGACCUGGAUUGUGAAUAAAUUUGGUUUUCAAAGUGAUGCCAAAUCAAAGGCUGAGAAAUUUGACUUGCAAGUACAGUCAUUAAUGUUUCCUUGGCAUCUUAUGAAGUCAGAUGAGGAAAAUUUCUUAGUCAUCAAUCGUAGCUUUGAAACACUAUGGAUAUUAGAUCUUGGAUCAGGAGAGAUACAGGAAGUUGCCAAAGGAUUUUCAAAGAUUUUGGACAUAUGUGGAGACUUGAUCCUGGACAAAUUAUCUCUCUUGAAACAGAUGCCACAUGAUUUUCUGAAACAGCAAACAGAUGCUUAUUGUUCACUGGAAGGGCUCAUAUCAUGCAUUACAACCUGUCAGAAUUACAUAAUCAUGUGUGACAUGGUUGGACAGGGUGUUCUAAAACUAAGUAAAGAAUCAAGAAUCUGUUCAAACAUCCAGUGUUCAAACUUUGGGAUCCUUGGAUUACCCUACUGGUUGUCCUUCCCUCUGGAAAGAUUUUAUGCUGAUGCUGCUGGACUCCCAGGAGGACAAACUGAUCAUCUCCAAUGCUUCAGUUUGUUGCCAGGAAGGGUUGACAUACGGUUGUACGUAGACAUCCCUCCAGACACUGAAGUUGUAGAAUCGUUGCAAGAAAGUUGUAUCUGGCUACAGGCAAGAGGGGCUGCUAAUGAAGUCUCAGGCGUGGAACAUGCAGCAGGAUCCUCAGAGAAGGUUGGUGUUGCCCAACAGUGGUAUGAUGAAUUGGACAAUCUAGCCUUUUCAACACCUGAAUCAGAGUUGAAUGUUGAGGAUGAAGAUACUACUUCAGACAUGAAAACUCAAGAUCAUAGAAUAUGCAUUGAUUGUGCGGUUAAUACCAGUCCUGGGACAAGUGAGGUAAUUGUUUAUGCAGCAUUAUAUUUGAGACUUAAAAGAAAUCCAGAUUCACAGGAAGAUAAUCCAGAGAAAUAUGCUGCAAGGAUAGCAGAUAUAUUAACUGGGAGAAAUGAAGGGAUGAGGAGAGAUUCAUGCUUUCAGUUCUUGUCAAAAUCAAAGAGAGAUCUGAGAGACCUCAUCUUCUUGAAACCUCUGCAUGUUAGAAUAAAGUUUGAGUCUCCGGAUCACCCAAAAGCCGAUCAUUCGAAAAGCGUCAUCUUGACAGACUCCUCUGUCGACGUUAAUGUGUCUCUUAAUGCAUGACUGGUUAUACACAAACUCCAAAUCUGGUGAUACUGUAAUCUUGUACUGUUGUAUUUAUAUCUCUCUCAUUCUUUUAAAUCAAGCAAUAAGCAAUAG